ACGCCAUUUCGUCCUGCCCCGCCGGGCUGCCCGCACUGCGCAUGCGCGCUCGCCGGCCUCCCAUUGGCUCCCGCCCCGCGGCUUCAAACGGUCCGGCGGGAGCGAUGGCGGCGGAGGCUGCGGCCGCACCCCCCCGGCGGGUUCAGGUCUGCGUCCGCCUGCGCCCCGGCCCCCCCGGUGAGGAUCCCUGCCUGCUGCCCCUCGACUCCCACACCCUGCAGCUGCGUGAGGACCCCCCCCACGCCCCCUCCUGCUACCGCUUCGAUGCUGUUUACGACGCCGCCAGCUCCACGGCCGCCGUCUACGAGGGCUCCGUCCGCCUGCUGCUGGCCCAGUUCCUGGCCGGCCGCGACGUCACCGUUCUCGCCUACGGGCCCAGCGGCUCCGGGAAGACUCACACCAUGCUGGGUGGUGAAGGGGAGCCCGGCUUGGUGCAGCGUGCCCUCGAGGAGCUUCUGCAGGCCGUGGGGCCAGCCGCCGUCAGCGUGGCUUGCAUGGAGGUGUACUGCGAGGAG